AACAGAAGAAGACCUGUGGUGUAUUGUUUUCCGGUUCGCCAAAAUGGCACAAGGGUCGCAGAAGUUUAAAACUCAACGCCCUGGAGCAGCGAAAAAGCAACAACAAAACAAACAGAAGGGUCCAAAAAAAGGAGGGAGAAUCAUUGCGCCCAAGAAGGCACAAGUGAUACAACAACAGAAGCUGAAGAAGGGUCUGGAAAUUGCCAUCAGGAACAAGAUUGAACAUGAUGUGACCAGCAAGGCAAGCUCAUCCCUACACAAGCCCCUCAGCGUAGUCAAAGGCGCUGAGGGCAAAGGCAACCCAGGAGCCCCUCGACCGGGAAACAGCUCCAAAUAGGAUGUGAUACAAUGGACAUAGACAAUCAAUAUGACUCGACAUGAAGAAAAAAAAAAUCUUGAAAGGUUAAAGUUCAAGGUGUUGAAUCUUUCCAGUGACCACUGGUGUGUUUUUGUUGCUCUUGCUUCAGUUUCCUGUUCUCUUCAACUAUGAAAACAUUUAAAAAUUGAGAUUGUGUCAUGGGAAAAGACUUGACUUCAAGCUGCACAUGUGGAAAAUGCAUCUUCAUAUUUUGAAAAAAUGAUGUAUUUUUUAAUCUUAGCAAUGAUUAUAUGACAAGCAUAUCCAAAAUGUCAUAAAGAGAAUUCCCAUAUUCUUACAGGCAAGUAAAAUCUUGCCAAUUAAAAUAAUCUGUCUUUUCCAGUCA